AUGUCUUCACCACCACCAUGGUCACUGCCUCCAGCUGCUUCUCCAGUAACCACCCCACCACUGACACUGCCAUUGCAACCAUUGUUGCCGCCCCCAUUGUCACCGUCAUUGCCGCCCCCAUUGCCUCCGUUGUUGCCGCCACCAUUGCCACAGAUAGCACCAUUCCCAUCCCCACCUUUUUUACCCACUACUCCUCCUGCCCUGCCACCUAUACCCAACUCUGUCCCUCCUGUGUCCUCACCGCUACCGCCUCCUCUAACAUCUCCACCGCCUCAGCUUCCACCAUUGCCAGCUCUGUUGCCACCAACAACUUUCACUCCACCACCACCUCCACCUUCAGUAGUCACCUCUCCACCUCCACCUUCUUCACCACCAAAAACUCCAUUGCCAUUCAAACCUUCUCUACCGCCACCUCCAAACCCGCCAUCACCAUUACCAACACCACCACCACCACUACAUGUUUCCCCUCCAACAACCCCAUCAACCCCUCCCCCACCACCUACAUUGGCAACAACUAUGCCACCAGCAACUCAGACACCGCCUUUAGCGAGUCCAAGCCACGGCUCUCCCCAACCUGCAUUGCCCCCUAGUACUCUGCCGCUGCCGCCCACAUUGGCCAGCACCCUGCAGCCACCCUCAUCUAACAAAACCAAUACUACAAACCUACCUCCAACAACAUUGCCAAUGCCACCCCAAUUAAUGCUUCAUCCACCAUUAUCUUCCUCACUGCCAGCCACCUUGCAAGUUCACAACCCAAGACCAAAUAUGAGCACAGCUCUCAUAGCUGGAUCAUGUGUCAUUGGUGGACUUGUUGCCAUUGUGCUUCUGCUUGCCAUUAUAUUUCUUGGUUACAAACGUAGGAGGACUAAAAACAACAGUGCCCUUUUGGAGGAUCAUCAUAAAACACCAUCCUUUUGCCCAAAAGAUGAUUGUUAUGCUGUUCCUUCACCAGGGGUCCAUGUUAUCAGGGUGCUAUCUAGAACCUCUGUUCCGCAAUCUCCCAUGAGCCGCACUGUUGGUUCUGCUUCAAUCAUAUCCCGGUCUGAGAUCCCAUAUCCACCUCAAACUCAAAGGCCAGCUGGUUUUCCCUCAGAUGUCUCAAAUGGGAUUUUCACAUAUGAUCAAUUGGCGGUGGCCACCAAUGGCUUUUCAGAAGCCAACCUUCUUGGGCAAGGCGGUUUCGGGUAUGUCCACAAGGGUGUGCUUCCAAGUGGCAAAGAAGUUGCAGUGAAGCAGUUGAUGACUGGAAGCCGGCAAGGGGAGCGAGAAUUUCAGGCUGAGGUUGACAUUAUUAGCCGGGUUCAUCACAAGCAUCUAGUUUCCUUGGUUGGGUACUGCAUUACCGGGGCGGAGAGGUUGCUUGUGUAUGAGUUUGUUCCAAACACCACCUUGGAAUUCCACUUACAUGGAGACGGGCAGUCUGUUCUGGAGUGGGAAACCAGAUUGAUAAUUGCUACUGGGUCUGCAAAAGGACUAGCAUAUCUUCAUGAAGAUUGCAAUCCGAAAAUCAUUCAUCGUGAUAUCAAGGCAUCUAAUAUUCUUCUGGAUGAUAAGUUUGAAGCAAAGGUUUCUGACUUUGGACUGGCCAAAUCUUUCUCUGAUACCAACAUUCACAUGUCUCACUUUUCCACUCGAGUUGUGGGAACAUUUGGGUACCUGGCUCCAGAGUACGCAUCGAGCGGUAAGGUGACAGACAAAUCAGAUGUGUAUUCAUACGGUGUUGUACUUCUAGAACUUAUAACUGGACGACCGCCUAUCAGUACAAUCGAAUCCAUGAGGAACAAGGGCCUGGUUCAGUGGGCCAGGCCAUUGCUCACUCAAGCCCUGGAAGAUGGUGACUUUGAUGCUCUUGUUGACCCAAGAUUGGAGAGAAAUUACAACAACAAUGAGAUGGCUAGAAUGGUUGCUUGUGCCGCUGCUUGUGUACGGAAUUCAGCAUGGCUUCGACCACGAAUGAGCCAGGUAGUCCACGCUUUAGAGGGAGUUGCUUCAUUGACGGAUCUUCGUGAAGGAAUGACACCAGGAAACAGCACAUUACAUAAUAGCUUGGGGAAUUCAUAUAACAGUUCCCAGCAAUACAAGGAAGAGUAUGGCAUCAGUAUGUACAGUGGAACUACCAGUGAGUAUGGUCUUAACCCUUCUGGCUCCAGCAGCGAGGCCAAGCAAACAUUCUGA